AUGAACGCUCCUGCAUUGCCGAUACCUUCUUUAUAUGCCAGCGCUCUGCAUUUCGGUCCCCUCACUAAGACGCCGACGGCAACCCGUCCGCCUCGCCGCUCCGAGCUGCUGCUGCCGGUCUGCUCGCGCGAUUUAAGGCAAGUCGCACAGUCGCACACUCGCUCCCUGCGAUUCAAGCCCGGGGCCCCCGCGCCAGCGAAGUCCGCCAAGGACGCGGAGGCGGAAGAAGCAGCGGCGGCGGCCGCCAGGUUCCCCAAGAGCACGAGCCGAUCGAGCAGCACAAGCAGCACGCCCACGUCCGGGGGAGCUACCCCCAGCGCCUUCAGCCGCGGGGGGACCGGUGCUGCUGGGAGCGCAGGCAGCAGCGGGGCGGGGCGGCGGAAGGAGGAGGAGGAGGGCAGGCCGCGGCACAGAGUCCCGGGGGCGAAAAAGCCCUCCGCGUCUUCCGCCGCUGGUUCCGCCGGUGGCGCAGCAGGGGGAGGCGCGGACCGUGCGGGGGACGAAGAGCUGCUGCGGACGAUUUCAGGCGCGUCCACUGACUCGUCUAAGGGGAGAGGCAGGCGCGCAGCAGUGCACGGGGAGGCAGGGGAGGAGGGGCGCGCGGGGCGGGUGAGGGGCGGCGGACUGGUGGAGCACGCGGAGGGGAUGGAGGGGCAUGAUGGAACGGGUGCGCAUGAUGUGAGCCAGGUGCGUGCCCCUCCCUGCCUCUCUCGUGUGGCUUCUGGCCCGUGCAUGCAUGUUCCACCAGCGUGCAUGCAUGUUCCACCAGCGUGCAUGCAUGUUCCACCAGCGUGCAUGCAUGUUCCACCAGCGUGCAUGCAUGUUCCACCAGCGUGCAUGCAUGUUCCACCAGCGUGCAUGCAUGUUCCACCAGCGUGCAUGCAUGUUCCACCAGCGUGCAUGCAUGUUCCACCAGCGUGCAUGCAUGUUCCACCAGCGUGCAUGCAUGUUCCACCAGCGUGCAUGUUCCACCAGCGUGCAUGUUCCACCAGCGUGCAUGCAUGUUCCACCAGCGUGCAUGUUCCACCAGCGUGCAUGUUCCACCAGCGUGCAUGCAUGUUAAACCAGCCACUCUCCCGCUGCCCUGCUCUCCCAGCGCCCAUAACUGCUGCUCGCGUCUCCCCCAAGCUCCACCGUUCCUUGCAAAGAGUCCCCCCACCCCCGCCCCAUCUCGUCCCCGCUAUGCUCCCUCCCUCUCCCCCUCCCCUCCCCCCCCAAUUCAUCCAACUUUUCCGGCAUUUUGUUCUCGUGCUCAGAUUCUAUACUUUGAACCCCCUUUGCUUGCCACUCACACCUCUCGUUCCACGUCACCUCCUUCCUUCAUACCUGGUUGUGCUUCCUUCCGGUGUGGAUUUUCUGCCUUUUCGCCCUUCGUUGCUCCUCGUCACUCCCCUCCCUCUUCUUCCUUUUCUCUCCUUCUCGCCUCGCUCCUGUUUGCUCUAUCCUCUCUCGCUCCACUGCUCACGCAUCUUCGUUUUCUCCUUCGCGCGUCUCCUCUUUCCGUCCCGUCUAUCCGUUCCCCUUCCCUUUCGCCCCUGUCGCCUCUGUCCGCGCCCCUCCCCCCCUCCUCCGCGCCAGAAGGAAGCGCUAGAGGAGAUGCGCGCGGAGGUGGAGCAGCUGCGCGAGCAGCUGAGGGACGCGGGGGAGAAAGCAACCCACCAGCUGACUCAUUUACGAUCGUCUUUCCUCUCUCGUUCUGUCCCCCUCUCUUUCUCUCCCUCUCUAUGCCAGAAGGAAGCUCUGGAGGAGAUGCGCGCGGAGGUGGAGCAGCUGCGGGAGCAGCUGAGGGACGCGGGGGAGAAGGCCAAGGACGCGGACGACAGGGCGCGCGAGGAGGCGCGGAAGCGCCAGUACGUAGAGGCGGUAAUGGCGGAACUAGAGGAGCAGAUGCAGGCGGAAACGGGCAAGCGGGAAGCCGCGGAGAAAGCGCUCAAGGAGGCGCGGCGGAAGCUGGAGCGCGCGGGGGGGGACGCGGAGGGCGCGGAGGGGAAGGAGAGGCGGGGCGGAGCGGGGGGAGAGGUGGCGGAGCUUGAAGAGCGGUUGGAUGAGGCGGAGAGGCGUUGGGAGGAGGAGAGGGACCGGGCUUUGGAGCUAGAGCAAGAGUUACAGAUGGUAGAUGAGGAGAUGAAGGUAGAGAGGGAGUCUAUGAGGGAAAGUAUGGCUGCUUAUGCUAAGGGGAUGGAGGAUUUGGCUACUCAGGCUGAGGAUGAUUUCAGAAGGCAGAUUGACGAUUUGAAGGAUGACCUGGAACGGGCGAAUGCUGAGCUGGACGCGGUUAGGGAUGAGCUGGACAGGGCGAAUGGUGAGGUGGAAAGAGGGAGGGAUGAGCUGGAGAAGGGGAGGGAUGACGUGGAGGGCAUGCGCGCGCGGGUGGAGGAGGCGGAGCGGACGGCGCAGGCUGCUGUGCGGAAGGUGCUGGAGGAGAAGGGGAGAAGGGAGGAGGCGGAGAGGGAGGCGGAGAAGUGGCGGGAGAAGGCGGAGAGCAGUGUGGGCGGAGAAAAGGGGGCUGGGGGCAGUGGAGAAGAAGGGGAAAAGAGUGAGAAGAGUGAGAAGAGCGAGGAGGAGGGGAAGGCAGGGGCGGGAAGGAUUGUGGAGUUGGAGGGUGAAUUAGAGGACCUAAGGGACAGGAUAGAGGCAGCAGAAGCUCAGAAGGCGAAUCUGCUAGAGCGGUGGGAGGAGGGCGAGCAGCGCAGGCAGGAAGCAGAGCAGCAGCGCGACAAGGCGGAGGCAGCGCGGAGGGAGCUCGAGGCGCAGGUGAUUGAGCUCGAAGCGCAGGUGGGGCAGCAGAGGGAGGAGGUGGAGGAGGCGGAAGUGCGGCGGCGGACGCUCGAGGCGCAGGUGGUUGAGCUCGAGGCGCAGGUGGUGGAGCUGGGCGCGCAGGUGGGGGUGCAGCGGGAGAGGGCGGGGGAGGCAGAAGUGGAAACGAGGGGGCUGAAAGCGCAAGUGGCGGAGCUGGAAACGCAGCUGGGGGAGCAGCGGACGCUCGAGGCGCAGGUGAUUGAGCUUAAAGCGCAACUGGCGGAGCUGGAAACACAGCUGGGGGCGGAGCGGGCGAAAGCGGAGGAGGCGGAGCGAGCAAUGGGGGAACUCGAUUCAAAGCUGGGGCAGCAGAGGGAGAGGGGCGGGGAGGCGGAAGGGGAGGUGCGGGAGGUUACUGCAAACCUGGAGCAGCAGAGGGAACGCGCGGAGGCAGCAGAGAGAGAGCUUGAAGAGGUUAAAUCCGAGCUGGGGCAGGUGGGACAGCUGAGGGAACAGGCUGAGGAGGCAGAGAGAGAGGUGAGAGAGCUUGAAGGGAAGUUGGAGAGGCAGAGGGUGCGGGCGGAAGAGGCGGAGGGGGCGACUAGGCGGGUGGCGGAGGAGAUGGGCGCGGAACUGGCGGGCAUGCGCGAGCGGAUGGUGGAGUACGUGAUGGGGCGCAAGACAGCGGAGCACAGGGAGAGAGAGGCGAUUGCGCGGGGGGAGGAGGAGAGGGGGAGACGGGAGGAGGCGGAGAAGCGAGUGAGGGAGCUUGAGGAGGAGGUGCAGCGAGGGAAGGAGGCGGAGGAGAGAGUGAGGGAGCUGGAAGAGAGUGUGGCGCGAGGGGCGGUUGUGGGGGCGAGUGCGGGGGGUAGUGUGGGGGGGAUGGUUGAAGGGGGGAGUGCGGAUGUGGGGAAAGAGGGUGAAGAGAAGCAGGAAUCGGAGGGGAAGGGGGAGGAGGUGGCGGCGAGAGGAGAGGCGGGGGAGUCGGAGUUGGAAGAUUUGAGGGCGAAAUGCGCCCAGGCGCUGAGGCAACUGGAGGGCGCAGCGGAGGUCCAAUCUUCUUUAUCUGGAGCUGCGGCACGAGCAGACGUUCUCCACGUGACUCCGUCCCUCUCCUUCCCUCCUUCACCCCACUCUGCAGGCAACUGGAGGACACAGCAGAAGCAACUGGAGGACACAGCAGAAGUCCAGUCCUCUUUGGAACAAGAACUGGAUCAUCUGUAUUUGGAGUUGCAGCACGAGCAGGAGCUGUCAACGGAGGUGGCGCUGGUGGCAGAGCCCAACCCCCCUCUCCCCGCUUCCCCAUCCCCUCUCCCCACUUCCCCAUCCCCUCUCCCCACUUCCCCAUCCCCUCUCCCCGCUUCCCCAUCCCCUCUCCCCACUUCCCCAUCCCCUAUCCCCCAGGCAACUGGAGGACACAGCAGAAGUCCAGACACAGCAGAAGUGCAGUCCUCUUUGGAGCAAGAACUAGACGACCUGUAUCUGGAGUUGCAGCAUGAGCAGGAGCUGUCAACAGAGGUGGCGCUGGUGGCGGAGGAGGAGUGGCGGGGGCGGCAGGAGGCCCUGCGCGCGCUGGCAGAGGCGCACAGGCAGCUUGAAGCCCUUGGUGCUCUCGGGAGCGACGCUGCUGCCGCCGCCGCCGCUGCCGCUGCCAGCGCUGGCGCUUCUGCUGGUGGGGUGGAAUACGAGGGGCCUGUUGUGGCGGAGAGGCAGGAUAGCUUUGCGAGGCGGAGGGCAGGGGAGGCGCCGUUGCUGCCUCCGCGCCCCAAGCUCCCUGCUUCUACUGACAGCCCCGGAGGAGAUACCUCUACUGCUGCUGAAAAGGCAGGCAGAUUCUCACAGCCGCAGCAGCAGCAGCAGCAGGGUGAGGGCAGAGUCGAGGGCAGGGGAUCAAGCGGGUUUGGGCUGGAGCGCACGUCAUCAGACAUGCUGUCGUACGUGCAUGGUGCGUCGGAGCUGCUCAAGGGGCUGGCUCGGCCGGACGAGGGCGUGAGCAUGGGCAUCAAGCUGCUGGCGCUCAAGAAGGGGCUCUCCUACAGCCGCGCCGUCUCUGAAUCCCUGCGCACUGAUGCUGGUGCAGUAGCGGGCGGAUCGGGCGGAGCGGGCGAAGCAGGGAGUGUGACUCCUCCUGGUGGGUCCAGUGAGGCUGGAGGGGCAGGGGCGGGGCUGGCAGGGGCAGCACUAACAGGGGCAGCACCGGCAGGGGCAGGGCCAGCCACACACGCGUCUGCCAAGGCGGGGCGUAUAAGCCGCUCUGCCUCGCGGCGGCUGAGCGUGUCGCUGCUCUCCCCGCGUUCAGCAGUGCAGCAGCGCUGGGAGCAACUCUCGGCGUCUCUCAUUGCAGAGCGCGAGGCGCACUCGGCUUCAGGGCCCGCCAGGUGGGGCCCCUGGCUGCACGGCCGCGGGCCUUGGUGGCCCUCUGUUUCUCCUGGCGUCCCAGGUGGUUCUCCGGGUGUUUUCCCAGGUGCUCCAGGGGUUUCGCCAGGUGGUUUGGCGGCGGGAGCGGGCGUGGGCCGGGGAGAAGCAGGGGAUGUAGCAGCAGGGGGGGCGGUAGGGGCGGCAGCAGGGGGGCAGUCAGGGCGGCAUCGGACGGCGUUUGUGCACGUGAUGCUACAGCUGUCGUUGCACCGAGUGGGGUUGCUGGAGGACCGUUUACAGGCGGCUGUAGCAGCUGCGGCGGCUGCUGCAGCUACAGCCGAAGCAGCCAAGGCGGCGGCUGUAGUAGGCGAGAGUGUGAAUGUGGCUGCUGCUGGCACGGCUGUAGCAGAGGCGGCAGGAGCUGUCACUGCAGCUGCUACAGCUAAAGCUACAGCUGCUGAGGGAGACAAGAAGGUGGGGCUGCUGGCUGCUGCCGUCUCUGUCUUUGCCCCCAAACAGCCUGCGGUCGCCCCUGCUGCUUCUGCUGCAGCUGCAGCAGGGGCAGCAGGAGCGAGAGCAGGGGAAGUCAAGAAGCCGCUUCUGCAUAUCUUUGUGGGGGAUAGCGCUGCUAAGGACGAGGGGACUGGGCCAGACGCGUCAGCAGUACAGGCAGUAGAUAAGGCAUCAGAGAUUGCAGGGGCUGAGGGUAAAACACAGGAGCAGACAGAGAAGGAGCAGCAGGCAGCAAGGGAGGCAGCAGAGGAGGCAGCAGAGGAGGCAGAAGAGGAGGCAGAGGACGUGAAUGAAAUGAGCGAGGAGCGGCGGGAGAAGGAGGUAGAAGCUCUAAUGCUCCAGGCAGAGGCGCUACGAGGCACUGUGGCUCUGUGCAUGAAGGAAUCGGCUGCUGUCAGGCAGACGCUCAGAGAAGCAGAGAGAGAGGCAGAGAGAGAGCGGGAGAGGGAGAAGGAGGAGAUGCGGGGAGGGGGAACGGGAGCGGAGGGAGGGGACGGGGAGGUGGGGUUGGUGGCAGUGGUGAUUGCAGAGGUGGAUGAGGAGGGGAUGGGGGUGAGGGAGAGGGGCGGAAGGGAGAGGGGCGUGGGGGUGGGAGGCGAGGAAGGGGAGGGGGCGCUGGUGGUGGCGAUGCAGGAUGGCAUGGCGUCUCCUAUGGGGGAGGGGGCGCUGGUGGUGGCGAUGCAAGACGGCAUGGCGUCUCCCAUGGUGCGGGAUGGCAGGCCUGGCGGCAGGAGGGGCGUGGACAAGGUGAGGCGACUUACAGAUGGGUACGGUUGGGUGAAUGUGUAUGGGCGUGCGUGUGGACGGUGGGGAGGGUGCGCUGGUGGUGGCAAUGCAAGAUGGCAUGGCGUCUCCAAUGGUGCGCGAUGGCAAGGCGGGUGGCAGGAGGGCUGUGGACAAGCAUGUGGAGGUGCAGAGAGAGCAGCGAUGGAGGCCCAGGACUUGGAGCAUGUGCGUGUGGAAGCACAGCGGGCAUUAGUGGAAGCCAAAGAAGCAGCGCUAGCGUACGUGAUGCAGCAGCUCAGAGUGAUCAACACUCAAUGCUCUCUAUCCCACUCCCCUACACACCCCAACCAGCGUGUGGAGGCGCAGAGAGCAGCAGUAGGCAAAAGAAGCAGAGCUGGCGCACGUGAUGCAGCAGCUCAGAGCGGUCGACACUCAAUCCCACUCGUACCAUGUGCUCUAUCCCACUCCCCCCAUCCCCUUACUCCCUUCCCCGCACCAGCGCGUGGAGGCGCAGAGGGCAGCAGUGGAAGCCAAAGAGGCAGAGCUGGCGCAUGUGAUGCAGCUGAGCUCAGGCGUGUGGAGGCGCAGAGAGCAGCAGUGGAAGCCAAGGAGGCGGAGCUAGCGCACGUGAUGCAGCAGCUCAGGGCCCGCGUGGAGGCGCAGAGGGCAGCAGUGGAGGCCAAGGAGGCAGAGCUAGCGCACGUGAUGCAGCAGCUCAGGGCUGUCGACUCGCGCAUCGAGCAGCUGCUCUCUGCAGAGCCGCCCUCUCCUCCUCGCGCUGCCGCUGCUCAGAGUGGAGGCCUGUUUGCAGCCACCGGUUCUCUCUUCUCCUCUAUGAUGCCGCGUGCUGCCACCGUCACUCUGCCUCAAGCCUCCAAAGCCUCGCCUCAGCCGCUUCAUUUCGCACAGUUACUCUCGCUCUCCCUCACCCCGACUGCCACCGUUCAGUCCGUUAAAAGUAGCAGCAUUACCACCACCACCGGUGCCACCACCACCGGCAGCAACACCACUGCACCGCAGCCAACUCAGGCCGCUGCCCUCCCUGCCCCACACCCUGUCGACCUGCCAGCUCAGCAUCUGCCACCUCAGCACGCACCAGCUCAGCAACAACCUCUAGUCGUGGAGCUUCAGCCACUUAACGUGCCACAUCAGCAGCAGCACCUCCAGGCCCAGGAUCUUACUCCAUACGGGCAGCCCGGGCAGGUUCCCGUGCAGCAGGAAACUUUCUACAGGCAGGACGAGCCAGCAUACCCGGACGCAGGAUACAGGUCCGGACACAGGCUCGGGCACGGGUCGUCCGGCGGAGGUUCGCCAAGGUCAGGCUCGGGAGGGCUAGACCCGGGCUCUCCCUAUUCGGACGACUACCCGCCUUCUCUGCAAGCUGUAGACCUGAGGUCGCCUGGGGGCCCCAUGGAUAUGUCUCCCGACUCUAUGGGAGGCUAUGAGGGGCAGGGCGGGUUCGGAUUCGGAGGGUUUGGGCUUAUGACAGACAUCCCUUGA